UUCUUUAAACAGGGAGUUGCAGAUUGGUUACCCGAAUACCUAUAGUUUGAUGACAUUGUUCGCCUUAUCAAGUGGCUUGGUAAAGUGGACAACUGCGUCAGAUGCAGCUGGCAGUAAUUUUCAGUGACAACAGACUCCCCCAGGACUGCCGCAGAAGAAAUAUCAGCCCACACAGAGAGGUCGCAGUUGUAAAUGAGAACUUGAUCUCAACUGGCCUACCUGGUUAAAUAAAGAUUCAGACAUGGAUCUUGUGCUGAAUGUCGCCGACCACUAUGUCCUCACCCCCUACGUAUACCCGUCGUCGUGGCCUGAAGACGGGGCGCUGCGCCAGAUCAUCAGCCUGUUGGUAGUCACCAACCUGGGAGCCGCAGUCCUCUACCUGGGCCUGGGGUGGCUGAGCUACCACUUCAUCUUUGACCACAACCUCAUGAAACAUCCACAGUUUCUAAAGAACCAGGUGCGGCGGGAGAUCAAAUACGCCAUGACCUCGCUACCCAUAAUCAGUAUACCCACUGUGGCGUUAUUUUUCCUUGAGGUCAGAGGAUACAGCAAGCUCUAUGACCACGUCGAAGAGUCUCCCAUGGGCUGGCCCUUUGUGCUUCUCAGCAUGAUUUCCUUCUUGUUAUUCACGGACGGGUGCAUUUAUUGGAUUCAUCGGUUUCUUCACCACAAGAGUAUUUACAAGCACUUCCACAAGCCACACCAUGUGUGGAAGAUCCCCACCCCGUUUGCCAGCCACGCCUUCCACCCGCUGGAUGGCUUCCUGCAGGGUCUGCCCUACCACAUCUACCCCUUCCUCUUCCCUCUGCACAAGGUGCUCUACCUGGCCCUCUACAUCUUCGUCAAUAUCUGGACUGUGUCUAUCCAUGACGGCGACUACCGCGUGCCCGGACCACUGAAGGAAGUGGUCAACGGGGCGGCCCACCACACGGACCACCACCUCUUCUUCGACGUCAACUAUGGCCAGUACUUCACCCUGUGGGACCGCAUUGGCGGGUCUUACCGCAACCCCUCAGUGCUCGAAGGGAAGGGCCCCCUCGACUGCAUUCGUAGACUGACUGCCGAGGGGAAGAUGAGUGCUAAUGGGACUAAUGCCAAUGGGCACACGAAUGGGCAUGCUAACGUAAGCGGUACAAAGAUUAAGGAGGAGUAGUUGGUACAUGUGGUGUAGUGUCAUGAUGGAUUCGUUUUUAGUUGAUAAAGCUAAGCUAUGUGUCAUUGAUAAGGAAUAGCUCACAUACUGCUUCACACAUUGAUUGUUUUCAUUCAUUAUCCCAUUAUAUAAAUAAUCAAGCUACAGUUGCUUAUCUUUCUUAAACUCUCCCUUUAUUAAUUUUCCUCAUUGUUUCAAUGCUAUGGAAAUGGAGGAGGCAAUAAUGUCUUGACAUUUCACUGAAAAGCACUGAUAUACUGAACAUGUGGGUGAUAUAAUUGUUUGGAACUUAAUUUCAGUUUCUGCAUUUGCCACACAAAUACUUAAUGAGAAUUUAGACAAAAGCACCAAGCUAUUCUCAUAGUCAAAAGCUAUAGAAACCUAGCAGGCCAUUUCUUGGAUUGUCAUCAUUGACUUGAGAAAUAAUUGCUUAUUUUAAUGAAGUUCAUUGAGUGCAUGCUGAUUGAUUGUGCCUGUUUGGAGGUGCUAUGUGUUGUAUGGAUUUUUUGGGGUAUCUGAGGGGAGGUGACAAUGAAAUAGGAUGUCUAGUGCUGAUUAAUGCAAGAAAAUGAAAAUGCAUGACUUCCUACAACCCCUAUGUACUAUAAGAUAUUAAGGUUGUAGUGGUUAAUGGCAGGAACUGGGAUUCUACACACCAUGACUCGUCAGAUUUGGUCAUGCUCAUAUCCAGUAGUUAACCCUCUGGGACUUUUCUCCAACAAGAUAAAAGUAAAACGUCUAUGACGAAUGGAAGUGUGUUUACCUGAAUGUUUUGCAUUUUAAAGCAGACAUCUGGGGAAUGAAAUAAAAUACAAAAAACGUGGCCAUUUGGAAGUUGAGCAAAGUGAAUCCUAUUGUAUGUGGACACAUGUCCUUAUCCCAUCGGCUACUUACUGUAUGUGCUGCAGCCAUCUCUUUUUUUUUUAUUGCAUUACCAUGUAUGAUAGAAGUUGGCGACAACACUCACAGAUGGAAUGAGGCAAUGUGUACAGUAAUGCACAUAGUCACAUAAUCUAGUUGUAAAUAAUUGAUGUCUGUAAAUGGAAGGGUGAAGUUUUCAUGGAUAUUUUACAAUUUAGUCAUUUAGCAGAUGCUCAUAUCCAGAGCAACUCAAGUUGAGUGCCUUGCUCAAGGGGCGCAGACCAAUUUUUCACCUAGUCUGCUCGGGGAUUGGCCCAAUGCUCUUAAGCACUAAGCUACCUGCCACCAUGGAUACCCGGGAAAAUAUAUUGGUUGUUUUCAAUAUAACAGUAGUGUGACUUGGUUUUAUCCUAUUUUCUCAAUAAACAUGGAAACUAAUAUGAAAA